AUGGAUCUUUCUGCUUCUAAACAACAAAAAUCAACAAAUUUUCCACACUGGCAAAAACUUAUGCGCUUUUUACAUCUACAGUCUAAACCUAAGGAGAAGAAAGACAUAGACAUUCUGAAAGAAAGUCUUCAAUUACAAGGCUUCAAUGACGAGGAGAUCAAUGAUGCCUUUGUAAAAUACGAUAUAACAGAUCGCAGAUUGGACCUAGAGGAAAUGAAACUUGUCGAAAUGUCACUCAGAUCUCAAAAGACAAUUGACGGAGAUGAAGUAAAAAUGAUAGAUCGCAGAAGAGAACUCUCAACAAUAAACCAACGAGUUGAUCGUCUUGAAAACACGGUCCUUGAUGUUUGCCAACAAAUUGAUACUGUAAUAUCGAUGAUCUCACAACUACAGAGAGACUUAGUUUUCACAAACAAACAAACAAACCUUAUCAAAAUGGAGGAAGCUGCCCGUACCUAUUCACCUUACGGAAAUCCGAAAGCGGCGGAAGCACUUCCAGAGCAACCUGCAACGAAUAAGAAGGAAAAGAAAAGAAAUUGA